AUGGCAGCGACGAGUGUUGUCGUUCUCGACAGAGGCAACAAUACAACUUGUACCGUAAAUCUUUUCGGUGCUACUGUGGUAUCAUGGCGGGUUAACAAUCAAGAACAGUUAUUUGUAAGUAAACAGGCUGUGUUCGACGGGAAGAGAGCGAUACGGGGAGGAAUACCGUUUGUAUUUCCGCAAUUCGGACAAUGGGCGUUCGGUCCACAGCACGGGUUCGCGCGGGUGGCACGCUGGCACGUAGAGAAGAUGCCGGAGAGACUGCCCAGCGGGGAUGUGGAAGCUGUUUUCAGCCUCAUGGACGAUGACUUCACGCGAUCUAUGUGGCAUUUCCAGUUUAGACUGACAUACCGCCUUAUCCUGCGGGAGAAGGAGUUGCACUUCAACAUCGGGGUGUACAAUCCAAGCAAGGAGCUCACUUUCAGCUGCCAACUGCUCCUGCACACUUACUUCAAGGUGCCCGACGUGCGGCGCUGCCAGAUCACCGGCAUGCAUGGCUGUAUGUUCAUUGAUAAGACACGAGAAGGCGCAGUGUACCAAGAGACGCGCGAGGUGGUGAGCAUCAACGAGUGGACGGAUCGCAUCUACCAGAACACCAUGCAGGAGCACAUCAUCACCAACGUGGUGAGCGGCCGCAAGAUGAGGAUACAGAAGUACAAUUUCCCAGAUACCGUGAUCUGGAACCCGUGGUCGGAGUUCGCGAAGGAGAUCCCUGACUUCGGGGACGACGAGUUCCCCAACAUGGUGUGCGUGGAGGCGGGCCGCGUGGCCGCGCCCAUCGUGCUGCUGCCCGGCACCGCCUUCGAGGCCAGCCAGAUACUACAGGUGAUG